CAACGAGCGCUUCAUGGACCCACUGAAAAUCAAGCUCAGCUUGGUGAAGGAGCUCCCCGACCACGACGUUGAGUUCAACACCCUCGUGACCGAGGGCAUGGUGGACUUCAAGUCGGAGAUGGGCUACGAUGACGACCAGCUCGAGGGGAGCUUCCACCGCAUGCUGGCCCACGAGGAGGUGAUCACGAACUUGCUCACGUUCUGCAAGGAGCUCAAGAGCACGCACAGCUUCCUCCCCGCAAGCAGCUAG